AUGGAAGGUAAACCAUUGGUGAUAUCCAAACAGAAGACUGCAGUGGUGUGUGGAGUCCCCACCCAGGUGGUUUGCACAGCCUUUAGCAGUCACAUCCUGGUAUUGGUGACCCAGAUGGGGAAGAUGGGCAUGCUGGUCUCCCUGGAACCCAGCAGUGUGACCAGUGACAUCAGCAAGCCUGUGCUGACCACUAAAGUCCUCCUCGGGAAGGAUGAGCCUCUCAUCCAUGUCUUCACAAAGAACCUGGUGGCAUUUGUGUCUCAAGAAGCUGGAAAACAGAGCCAUCCUCCUCACCCUGGCCAUGAAGGACAAGAGCACAGGGGUGGUGAAGACCGUAAAGAAGGUGAUCCAGACAAGCCAGGUGUGGUGA